CAAGGGAGGAAUAACGCUCGCGUACCGUGCGUCCAGGAUGAAACGACGCAAAUACCUUGGUUCCGUCUGCGCAUGCGCUUGCAUGGACCUCGUGGGCCUAGGCUAUUGGGCCUCCAUCGCCACAGCUCACUGAGUUCAACUAAUGUUACCUGCAUGUGCAUGUCUUUGGGGCUAACCACUGGAGCAUGGGCAACCUACCAGCAGCCAUUCUCUGGAAGAAAAAUGACUCUUCUAGCAGCCGACAAUUGUCAACAGCUCCUAAGUUAGGGGUGGAAACUUCUGAGUCCCUCUCCCAUCCAUGCUGUAAUGUUGACUGGAUUGAUCUUGUACAGCCAGAGAAUGCUGGAGGAGACCUAAAGGAUGGCUGUCACGAGUAUGAAGGAGCUGUUGUCAUUCUGGAUGCUGGGGCUCAAUAUGGCAAAGUCAUCGAUCGAAGAGUGCGGGAGCUCUUUGUGCAGUCUGAAAUCUUCCCCUUGGAAACACCAGCCUUCGCCAUAAAGGAGCAAGGAUUUCGGGCUAUUAUCAUAUCUGGAGGACCUAAUUCUGUGUAUGCAGAGGAUGCUCCCUGGUUUGAUCCAGCAAUAUUUACCAUUGGCAAGCCUGUUCUUGGAAUUUGCUAUGGCAUGCAGAUGAUGAAUAAGGUUUUUGGAGGCACUGUGCAUAAGAAAAGUGUUAGAGAAGAUGGAGUUUUCAAUAUUACAAUGGACAAUACAUGCUCACUGUUCAGGGGUCUUCAGAAGGAAGAAAUUGUUUUACUUACACAUGGAGACAGUGUAGACAAAGUAGCUGAUGGAUUCAAGGUUGUAGCGCGCUCUGGGAAUAUUGUGGCAGGUAUAGCCAAUGAAUCUAAAAAGCUAUAUGGUGUACAGUUCCACCCUGAAGUUGGCCUUACAGAAAAUGGGAAAGUAAUACUGAAGAAUUUCCUGUAUGAUGUUGCUGGCUGCAGUGGGACCUUUACUGUGCAGAACCGAGAACUUGAAUGCAUUCGAGAGAUCAAAGAGAGAGUAGGGACAUCAAAAGUAUUGGUUUUACUUAGUGGUGGUGUAGAUUCAACUGUUUGUACAGCUUUGCUGAAUCGUGCUUUGAACCAAGAUCAGGUUAUUGCUGUACACAUUGAUAAUGGAUUUAUGAGAAAACGAGAAAGCCAGUCUGUUGAAGAGGCCCUCAAAAAGCUUGGAAUUCAGGUCAAAGUGAUAAAUGCUGCUCACUCUUUCUACAAUGGAACAACCACUCUACCAAUCUCAGAUGAAGACAGGACCCCACGAAAAAGAAUUAGCAAAACAUUAAAUAUGACUACAAGUCCUGAGGAAAAAAGAAAAAUCAUUGGUGAUACUUUUGUUAAGAUUGCCAAUGAAGUAAUUGGAGAAAUGAGUUUGAAGCCAGAGGAGGUUUUUCUUGCCCAAGGUACUUUACGGCCUGAUCUAAUUGAAAGUGCAUCCCUUGUGGCUAGUGGCAAAGCUGAACUCAUCAAAACCCACCAUAAUGACACGGAACUUAUCAGAAAGCUAAGGGAAGAGGGAAAAGUAAUAGAACCUCUGAAAGAUUUUCAUAAAGAUGAAGUGAGAAUUUUAGGCAGAGAGCUUGACCUGCCAGAAGAAUUGGUUUCCAGGCAUCCUUUUCCAGGUCCUGGCCUGGCAAUCAGAGUAAUAUGUGCUGAAGAACCUUAUAUUUGUAAAGACUUUCCUGAAACCAACAAUAUUUUGAAAAUAGUAGCUGACUUUUCUGCAAGUGUUAAGAAGCCUCAUACCCUGUUACAAAGAGUCAAAUCCUGCACUACAGAAGAGGACCAGGAGAAGCUCAUGCAGAUUACAAGUCUCCAUUCACUGAACGCUUUCUUGCUGCCGAUUAAAACUGUGGGUGUGCAGGGUGACUGUCGUUCCUACAGUUAUGUAUGCGGAAUUUCCAGUAAAGAUGAACCUGACUGGGAAUCUCUUAUUUUCCUUGCCAAACUUAUACCCCGAAUGUGUCAUAACAUUAACAGAGUUGUCUAUAUCUUUGGCCCACCAGUUAAAGAACCUCCUACAGACGUUACUCCCACUUUCUUGACAACGGGGGUGCUCAGUACUUUGCGCCAAGCUGAUUUUGUGGCCCAUAACAUUCUCAGGGAGUCUGGGUAUGCUGGGAAAAUCAGCCAGAUGCCAGUGAUUUUGACUCCAUUACAUUUUGAUCGAGAUCCACUUCAGAAGCAGCCUUCCUGCCAGAGAUCUGUGGUUAUUCGAACCUUCAUUACUAGUGACUUCAUGACUGGUAUAGCUGCAACACCUGGCAAUGAGAUACCUGUAGAGGUGGUACUAAAGAUGGUCACUGAGAUAAAGAAGAUUCCUGGAAUUUCUAGAGUUAUGUAUGACCUAACAUCAAAGCCCCCGGGAACCACUGAGUGGGAGUAAUAAAUGUGUUGUUGUUGAAGAACUGUGUGCAGUGGAGGCUCAUUAAAAACCACUUGUCAAUGACAUGCAGUAUUGUCAAAAAUGCUCUGAAGCAGCUACUUCAUAUCUGAGUUCUCAUAGCAGCUGGGAAUUAUUAAAAGGGAAUGAAGAGUUUGUAUGUAUGGGUAAAUAUCAAGGCACCAUUGCCCAAAUGCAGACAUAUUGCUCUUGCUUUUCCCUCACUUCUUAUGUAUGAACUCUUGAUGUCUGUGAUGAUAGCUGACUGUGACUUCUGUCUGCUUCCUAUUAGAAACAUUGUUUAAUACCAGUGUGAUUUGCUAUGUGUGCCUUUUGGAGAAUCUGAAUUUUCCUAUAAGUAAUUUCUCCAAAGGGUGAGGAAGUGCUGUAUAUAGCAUAGAAAGGUAUAAGAAAGCUGUUUAGACACUUUUAGGUAGGAUACUAGGGAAGGAAAAUGUAAGAUACUUCAAAGAUGUAGAACACCAGGAAUUUAUUAUGUAAGUACUUACGAGUGUUACAUUGUCACAGCUAUGGCAGGAAGGAACUAAGUGCUAUCAGUCUUUGAAACCAUGUUUCAUACAGAUUCCAUGCUUUUCACUGUCAUCUUGUUAAUAUAAGCAAGGAGCUUUAUCCUCCCAGCCUGUGUCACCUGUUCUUACAACUGUGUAGAAAGAAUUCUUACACUUUUCCCAAAAGAGGCUGUCUUAGAAAAGGUUAAGAUGAGAAGUUCUUUUUGUUUGCCUGGCCAGAGGACUGGGUCACAGAAGCCAUGACUUGUCCCUACCACAUACAAGUGGGAGAGAAAAUGUUUCUAUUAUGUAGGAAAAAGCUGUGAAAUGACACACCUAGGUCUGAUGUGUGCUGCCUGCCUGUAUUUGCCAGGCCUUUUUCUACUUACUAGCUUCUGGAGAGGAUUCACAGCCAGUGCAGGACUUGGUGCUGUUGCCAACAGUUCCUUACAGGUUCUUUAUGACAGUCAUUCAAGCCUGAAACGGGGAGUAAAAGAGUUCAAUUCUAAAAUAUUACCAUGUUGUCUUAUCUGCUUUUACCUUAGGUUGCUGUCUAUUUCCUAAUACCAAUUUCUAUUUGGGAUCAGUGUUGAAAAUAAAAGGCUAUAUGGCAAGUCCAGAGGAUAGCCAGAAACUGCUGCUGAACCACGAGGGCAAGGUCCCUCUGUCACAACAGAAAACCAGACCUGAACAGAGUAUUUUUCUUCUACGGAAGGUCAAGUGUCCAUUGUCUUUCCUGGUGAGGAAGCUCUCCCAGUGGACUUCUAACAGGAAGAUGAUAGAUUUAAGCAGAUUGAGAGUUAUGUUAUUUCUCAAUGGGAACUAGCAAGUAUAAAGUGUUUUCCAAUGUGUCAGUAUGUUUGGUUUCAUGAAAAACCUUCCUGUUGUAGCAAAAAAUGUCUGUGAUAUAAACAGCAGGAAUUAGGAAGGUUAUGAAUGUUCUUUCCCUAAGGUUUUUUUGUGGCACACUGCUUACUGCCAUGAUCUGCGUAAAACUGGUCAGGUGAUCAUGUACAUUUAGAAGUGCUGCUCAUUUGUAAUCUUUGCAUUCUGGACAAUGGUGGUGUAUAUGAUACUCCAGUCUUAGCUAGGAGUUAAAAUGUAUUUAGUAUUUUUCUAAUACAUUCUCUUAAACGUCUUUUUAUUAUGUAAUCCUUACUGUGGAAAAAAAAAUUUCUUCAAAACAUACCUGCAUGUGAUAUAGAAGCUUUCUGGGAUUGAGAGAUUAUGUCCAUGUUUACUGUCUGUCUUCUUGUGUGACCAUUUUUGCCUUGCAUUGUAUAUAGCUUACUUGAUAACAUCACAGUAGUUCACCUGAACUACUGAAAAUAGUUACAAUGAAGGAUACAAGCUCAUUUUGAAAAUAGUUACUAGUGACUUUUACAAACCAACUUCCAGGUUUCUUGGAUGUAGUCAUCCUUCCAUUAAUUGUAUUCCAGGCCUCAGAUCAUAGGACCUUACGGGUUGUUUACUUUUUGCUUAGACUUUGUGCAUAGUCACAGUUCUCACUUGAUAGCCUGGGCUGUUUUGACAUAUUCCAUUACUUACUUGGGAGACUUCUCUAUGUAAUUGUAUUUUGUUUCUUUAUAACUAUUAGAGGAGGUAAGAUUGGUGAAAAUGUAAUUUAUUCUAAAAUUGGCAGACGAGGAAAUUUCAACAACCAGAUAAAUAGAUCCUAGCCCUGGCUUAAUGGACCUAUCAGUGUUGGUCAGUUCUGUUGGCUGUAAUAUCCUGACCUUAUUUUUGAGGACAAGUUUUUAGAUGUAUCUCAGUGACAGGAUUGUAUCCCCCUCCCCCUUCAUCUUGGAGUAGCUGCAUGUAACCAUAAAUCAUAAAAGUUGAUUUCCCUGCUCUCUUUGCAUUUGGCUCCUGAUGGUCAGUUUUAGUGCAUUCUACUCUAUAUAGAGACUGAGGGUAUUAGGUGAAAUAGCAACCCUGUUCCUCUUGCUUUUUUGCCUUGCUGUUAAAUAAAUGUGUGGACCUGGACAAGUCAUGUUUAAUCCAUUUACCUCAUUUUAUGAAGUUCCAACAUCAAACCCAACCAUGAAUAUUCAUUCUUUCUCUGUCACCUUGAAACAGAAUUUAUGUGGCUCAGCCUCAAGUUCCUCAUGUAUUUGAGGUUGGCCUUGACUAUCUGACCCUUGCCUCAACCUCCCUAGUGCUGAAUUAGAGGUACAUACUUCUGUGUCCAGUUUAUGCUUUGCUGGGGAUUGAACCCAGAGUCGUGUAUGCUUAGCAAACACUACCAACUGAGUCACAUGCCUAGGUGCAUUCUUGUUAUAAACAACAAAAACAAAAACUCAUAACAAGACAGUGGAGAAGCAACAUAGAUAGCUCUUACACUUUUUUAAAACAUUAAACACAAACCCGUAUUUACCUGCCACCACCACCGACAGCUAAAGAACCAUCAAAUUUUGGUCAUGUCAGAUUGUUGAAAAUGCUCAUUACAGUGUUUGCAGGGCAAUCUCUUUACUAUAUGUUUCGAAGAACUGCCAGAAUAUGUUUCAGCUUUGACAACAAAUAGUAUGCAAACUAUUUACUGUUGGCAGAGCAGGAGCUGGAAUUCAGACUUUCUGAUUCUGUGUUGAAGAGGUAGACUUAUCUUUGUACAACUAAUCAGAGGUAAAGUACUGUCACAGUAUUGUCUCUUCCACGAGUUCUGGAGAUCCCAUUACCUUUCACAAAUGUUACCAUAUCUGAACAUUUCUCACUCCCAGUGUUCUGACCUCAUGCUUUUCACAGUGUUCUCUUGCAUGACAACACAACACCCCUCCCCACCUAUCUCUUCUUGGAGAAUCUUCAGAGUGCUUGGAAGGCAAGCCUUCAUGGUUGCCUCAGUAAUGGAUACUCCUUUAAGUCUAGAUUUAACUGGAAACUGAGAACAGGUUAAAUGGACUUGAGAAUUCUCUCUUGUCUUGAUUAAAAUAGCUGUACCAGGUUAUAGAUGUUUACAAAGUGGAGUCAGAUAGGUUGAUAACCAGUAGUUUAUUGGGGAAAAAUACUCACACGAGAGCCAGUGACCAGGUUUGUGCCUGAGCAGGGCAGACCCAAAAUUGCUUCCCAGUCAGCUCAGCCAGGUGACAGAGAACCGAGUGCUUGCCCCUCUGCUUCUUAAACCCCUUGAAAGUGGGCGUGGUCAGCGGUACCUCUAAUCAGGGUUUCUCCCUACACCAGGUGGCAGAGGAAAACUUACCACAUGAGGCUUUCAUUGCAGUAAUGGCUUUAUGAACAUUUAACAGCUAGAUGAGGAGUUCCCAGAAUAUGUAGACAUGCUUUGUACAGAAGAGUCAUAUCCCAUGGAAACCUUAAUCUUAAGUGGAUCCAUGGUUGCUGUCGCCUGAGGAAGUAAAAAACAAAAAAAACUCAGAUGUGACUAAAUUAGAGUAGGCUGGGGAUGGUGCCCCCCCCCCCCCCCCCCAGUUUUUGGGAAGAAAUUGCUAUGAAGGGAAAUACCUGGCCUCUUGUUAGGGUUUAUACUCCUGAUUUUCUCUUGAAGAGAAGAUAUCUACCCCUAUGUUGUAGCUAUCAAUAGUUCUGAGACUCCUUUGUCACAAACUAAGACUGAGCUAUUUCUGUACCAGCUGAGGUAGCUGUUAAAACUAGAGAUGCCUUCUCAAUUGGAGUCACAACAGCACUGUUGUAAUUUACCUAUUAAGAUGUUUGUUUCCUACGAACCUUGUGGCUGCUUUUGGCCUUAUUUAUAAAGUGACAAGAAUUUAGGGAGGGUGGUUAUUUCUUUCAUAUGUUACAUUCAGAAGCACCGAAAUAGGAACUGAGGAACCUGAACUUCCAGUAAUCUAGUGGAGUCAUAUACCUUUGAAGAACAUAUUCUAAGGAAGUUAUGUCUUUACAUCUACUGUGACUGCUAUAGCCUUGACAUUUAUUUAAAUGAAAUGAUUGUAAACAUCCUCUGGACAUAUUUUUUAUGUAACACCAUUUUGUUAAUUGAAACAGUAUAGAUUUUGUGAAUUAAUCACUGUGUAAUUGUUAGUGAUGUGUUGCCCUGUCUUUUAUGUUGCAAUGAUUUGGCUAUAAAAUUGAUUUGCUGAGUUAA